GCAGAUCUAAGGAAAUCAUAAGCUAAACAAGGCAACCUCGUGGGUUGCUUCACACAAUUUCACAGCAAGAUGCCGCACAAACGGGCGAGAAUUACUGUGGAACUCUCCACGUGCACAUUGAGUACGUUGCCCACGGAUACACUAUCUGUUGAAAGCGAAAACGACGUCUUAUACCGACUUUUGGAACUGUUACCGGAGCACUACACGAGCAAUUCUUCUGCGGAACAGCGUAUUCCUGAGGCCUUAAUUGUUCAAAUUUUAGUCAAGGCUCGCGCCCUCAUUGCCAGCGAACCCAUUUUUGUCGAAAUUGACUCCCCCGUAUACGUGUGCGGCGACUUGCAUGGGCAGUAUUACGACCUGAUCAAUAUAUUCAAACGCUGUCCACCUCUCGGAGGAAAAGUCUUCGGUUCCGAUAGCAAAAGGCAGCGCACUGACCAGGAAAUUUCACCAAACGAAAAAAUGUACAACUUCUUGUUUUUGGGCGACUACGUUGAUCGCGGGGCGCGCUCAGUUGAGGUUGUUGUGACACUCUUAGCACUCAAAAUCAUUUCUCCUGAACACUUGUGGAUGCUCCGGGGAAACCAUGAGGACGAGCAGAUUAUGUUACUGUACGGCUUUUACGACGAGUGCAAGCGACGCUACGGUGUCAAGCUCUUCAAAAUGUUCACGGACCUUUUUCGGAUACUUCCCGUCGCAGCACUUGUUAACGGAUCUAUCUUUUGCAUGCACGGCGGCCUCUCCGCUGAAUUGCGCUUUGUAAAGGACAUUCCCGACACGCGACCGUGUAACGUCCCUCAUUCAGGCAUCAUUUGUGAUUUGUUAUGGGCGGAUCCUGAGGCAGACCUUCCUAAUGGUGUCGACUGGGCACCAAGCUCGCGGCGCAUUUCCGCUGUUUUCUCUGAGAGAGCGCUGGAGCAAUUUUUGCUAGAGAAUGACAUUGAUUUAGUGUGUCGUGCUCACCAAGUGGUAGAGGAAGGUUUUCAGUUUUUCCCUGACCACAAGAAACGCCAUCUGCUCACGGUUUUUUCUGCCACAAACUACUGCAACGAGUUUGGCAAUCGUGGUGGUGUUUUGUGUGUAGAUGAAAAUGGUAUCUGUAGCAUCAUCACGCUGGAGCCACCAGAUUUCGUGCAGCAGCGCGACAUACUGCUCUUUCGAGAUCCUGUUCCUAACCCACUGCACCAUGAUUAA